GCUCUAAUAUGAUAAUAAGAGCAAUUAAGAUAUUUCUUAAUCCCUAUAAGCUACUGUGAUAUAUGCAUGGUAGCUCCUUGAGAUUCCACUACUUGGAUUAAACAAUACCCCAAAAUGAGGUUUAUUCGAGUCCAAGCUAGCUACUUAGUGAGAAAUAAUUAUAAGAGUACUAGUACUAUCUCUCUUAAUUGUGUUAACCUAUUUUUCUUGACUUCAGGUUUAAUUUUCUUGGUAGUUGUUCUUAAUUUUGAUUUUAAGUGCCUGACCACACUGCUAAAUUUCAAGUCACCAGAAAAGGCGGCUGAUCCUUCGGGGGCAGACCCCUCUUCAGGAAGCAUAUAUUGGCUACAAAUUAAGACCGAGCAGACCCUCACCGUCAACUUGGGCUAAUAAUCUUGCUUUCACUCCACCUCUCUUCUCUGUACUUCUGUGUGUUCCUCUUGUUUUCUUAGCUAACUAGGGUUUGCUUAUUAUUACAGUUCAAGACAUCUCAGCACGCUUAUCCAUAGGUAAUAAGUUAGCACUAACUUCUUCAGUUUCAGACCUCAAGCAGUUUCGGCAAAAGAUUUAGGGUUUAGUUUGGUACUGCUCUAGAAAGGAGAAGUACAAAAGAGGGUAUGGAUCAGGAGAGAAGUAGCAGCUGUGAUAUGAGUGCAGCAGAUCAAGACAAAAUUGAUGAAGUGAUGCUGCCAGGGUUUCGUUUUCACCCAACAGAUGAGGAGCUUGUUGGGUUUUAUCUCAAGAGGAAGAUCCAGCAACGCCCUCUCUCGAUCGAGCUCAUCAAGCAACUUGACAUCUAUAAAUUCGAUCCAUGGGAUCUUCCAAAGUUGGCAGCUAGUGGGGAGAAGGAGUGGUAUUUCUACUGCCCGAGGGACAGAAAAUACAGAAACAGCACGAGGCCUAACCGGGUCACCGGAGCCGGGUUCUGGAAAGCCACGGGUACCGACCGGCCCAUUUACUCGUCGGAAGGUAACUCCAACAAAUGUAUUGGGUUGAAGAAGUCCCUUGUUUUUUACAAAGGUAGAGCUGCCAAAGGGGUCAAAACCGACUGGAUGAUGCAUGAGUUUCGCUUACCUUCUCUCACCGACUCCUCAGUACUCCCACCAAAGAGAUCGUUCAUGGACAAAAUUGCCAUUCCCGCAAAUGACUCAUGGGCAAUAUGCAGGAUAUUCAAGAAAACAAAUUCUAGUGCCCAUCAAAGAGCCAUUUCUCAUCAUUCUUGGGUGUCUCAGACCUUGCCUGAACCAAACACAUUUCAAGAUCAUGUGUUAGGCAGCUCCAGAUUAGGUGCACAAACCACUAGCACUACUCAUUACAGUGGUAACAAUAUUGACACACAACAGAUCUCAACUUCCACCACAACCAGUACUCUUUCCCCAGGAGAUUAUUAUGCUAAUAAUUCCUACAAAACCUUACACCCAUCAAUCGCUUGCAAUCUUAAACCCUAUCAUCAGUACUUCCCCAUUUCCAACGCCGGAGAGUACUUUAACCCUAAUUUCACAUUUUCACCUCUGGAGAGUCCGGCAGCCAAAUGUUCCGUGGAUGUUUCGUCCUUGUUGUUAAACAUGUCAUCAUCGGUCCUUGGAGAUUUCGGAACCAAGCGGGCCUCGGCUGAGAGUAGUACUACUUUCGACUUUAGCAGUACUACUGGUUCUCAGGAGCAACAGUGUAAUAAUGGCUUCUCCUCCUUGACGACAUUACCACACCAUGACGUGAUGCAAGGGAACCAGCUUGGCGUUGUUGGGAGUCAUGAUCACAGCAUCGAUGCGUUGAUGAAGAAUAUAACGAAUCAUGUGAACUCAAACGCGAUAGAAACAGAUGAUCAUGGACACUGGGAGAGUAGUCUGCGAUCAUCGAUUGGAUUUCCUUUCAUGAGUAGUUUACCAGUAAUACCUUUGAAUAUAGGAGGUGGGGAUGCAUGGAAGUCCAACUUGACGUGGGACUCUUCACCAUGUCCGAGUGAAAUGUCCACUACCAGAUGCUAUUCUUAGUUUUUAUUAUUAUUAGUAUUGUGUACUAAAAAUCAUUGUUCCUAGCUUUAAUUUUAGUUAACUAGCUAGC